UAAUCGGUGAAGGUGCAGGAACGACUAUUUCUUUCUCUCGUCGUCUUGGCGAGCGAAAUCCCUUUUCAAGUGGCAAGGCGCCGAACCCGGUUUUUUUUCGAUCAACAACUUUUGAUACUCCUCUUUCCUCUACAACUAUGUCCAAGGCCAAUGAACUCUUUCCAAGUAUUGGAUUCGCUGCGGAUAAAGCGGAUUUAUUACCUGAAAAAGAUCAUGAAAUCGACGAAUCAAACGCAGACGAUACAGACGAUAGGCCUACUCAAGAAAUCGAGUCACUCUGCAUGAAAUGUGGCGAGCAGGGUGUCACCAGGAUGCUACUCACAUCUAUUCCAUUCUUCCGCGAAGUUAUCGUGAUAUCAUUCAGAUGUGAACACUGCGGAGCGACGAACAAUGAAAUACAGUCUGCAAGCACUAUACGUCCUGAGGGUACCAUCUACACUGCUCGUAUAGUCUCCCGAUCCGACCUUAACAGACAAAUUGUGCGCUCUGAAAGCUGUGAGAUCGUGGUCCCAGAAUACGAACUCACACUUCCACCUUCUACUCGCGGUCAGCUCACGACAGUGGAAGGCCUGAUCCGUGAUGUCAUAGCUGAUCUGAGCAUGGACCAACCGCUGCGGCGCAUACAGGAUGAAGAUAGUUACACGAAAAUUCAAGCUCUAAUUGACAAACUGAAGGAUGUCAUUGGCGACGAGGAAGACAAAGACGUACAUGUCGGAAAGACAUCACAGAAAGACCAUAUUCCUUUGACACCUUUCACGCUCAAAUUGGACGACCCCGCUGGAAACUCGUUCAUUGAGUUUGUGAACAAUAUGGCAGACCCCAAGUGGAAUAUGAGAACGUAUCCGCGGACAUUGAAGCAGAAUGUAGCACUAGGACUGGUUGCGCCGCCUAAGGAGAACAAUGAAGGAGCCCUCCAGGCCGUGAAAGGGGGUGAUGAAGAAUUGGGUGGUGGCGAGGCUGGAACUGACGGAGAGAUCUUUGUCUUCAAUGGACCGUGUUCGAGCUGCGGGCAUCCUAUUGAUACUAUGAUGAAGAAAGUCAACAUACCUUACUUCAAAGAUGUCAUCAUAAUGUCCAUUAACUGUGAUCAUUGUGGAUACAGGGACAAUGAAGUCAAGUCCGGUUCUGCUAUCUCCGAAAAGGGCAAACGGAUAACACUUAAGGUCGAGGACCGUGAAGACCUGAGCAGGGAUAUUCUUAAGAGUGAAACCAGUGGUAUCACGAUUCCAGAAAUCGAUCUCGUACUACAACACGGCACCCUUGGGGGUCGUUUCACCACCCUCGAAGGUAUUCUCAACCAAGUUUACGAGGAGCUGUCAGAAAAGGUACUCCAAGCCGGCGACUCUCUGACUGUCGGCGAUAGGAAGUCAUUCGAAGAAUUCCUCAAGGGCCUAAAAGAGGUGAAGAAUGUUGAAAGACCUUUCACACUCAUUCUCGACGACCCUUUGGCCAACUCGUAUGUGCAGAACUUGUAUGCUCCCGACCCAGAUCCCAACAUGACUAUUGAGUUGUAUGACCGGACAUGGGAGCAGAACGAGGAGCUAGGUCUGCAUGGCAUGAAGGUAGAGAAUUACAAGGAAGAUGAAGAGAAGGAAGAGCGGUCAUGACAGUACAUUUACAUGUAGGUAGCAGUAUCACGAUUUACGGCAAGUAUUCAAUAAUCAAAGCAUAUAA